AUGUUCCGCCCACCGAUCAACCGGGCGAUGCGCACGCUGGACCGCGCAUUCUUCCGCCGGACAUUUCCCAUCUCGGCCGCGCGCGUCACGAACAACAAUGACAUAUCAAUGGUGCGCAAGGCGCUGGAAAAGAGCCAGGACAUUCUUGUGCAGCCGCGCUACCAGGCCGUGUGGAGUGACCCGGCCCAGCCGGGCAAGAGGCUCGUCCUACUGAAGCCUGAGAUCAAGCAUAAUGACCCUUCGACUUGGGGCCCGCAGGUGACGGAGUUCCAAGAUGCCAAUAUAACGACCUUGGUCCCUCAUGAUGUGACGCUGGACUAUGACUACUGGACCUAUGACGACAUCAUGAAAUCGAUACUCCCAGAGGAAAACCAGGAAGAUCUUUAUCCCAAACGGUUCACCCAAGUCGGACACAUCCUCCACCUGAACCUGAGAGAAAGCCACCAGCCGUACAAGCAGCUUAUAGCCGAUGUGCUCUUCGACAAAACCAAAAACAUCAAGACGAUUAUCAGUAAGAUUGACAACGUCGGCGAGGAGAGCCAGUUCCGGACAUUCGCCUACGAAGUACUCAAGGGACCCGAUGAUCUUAACGUCGAAGUCCACGAGGAAGGCUGCACCUUCUGCUUCGACUUCGCCAAGGUCUACUGGAACAGUCGGCUCCAGGCGGAGCACAAGCGCCUGGUCAGCACAUUCAAAGAAGGCGAUGCCGUAUGUGACGUGAUGGCAGGCAUUGGACCCUUUGCCGUGCCCGCAGGCAAGAAGAAGGUCUUUGUGCGAGCAAACGACCUAAACCCGGAGAGCUACAAGUACAUGGUGGAUGCAAUCAAGAAGAACCAUGUCGGCCCAUGGGUGGCCCCCCACAACGAAAACGGCCACAAAUUCAUCCGCACUGCCACUGCCGAGCUCUAUGCCCACCCGCGCCAACACUCGCAACUCAUCGCUCACAAGUACAAGCCGGGCGAGAAGAAGCCGGCCAACCCGCCCAAGCCGGAGGAAAAGAGGUACACGGAACCCAAGAUCUUCUCGCACUACGUCAUGAACCUCCCGGCCAGCGCCAUCGAGUUCUUGCCCGCGUUCAUCGGGCUGUACAGCCGGCACCCGUUCAAGAAGCUCUUGAAGGGCGCGGCACCCGAAACCUUGUUCAGCCCGCAUACCCCGUUCAAGCUGCCCAUGAUCCACGUCUACUGCUUCGAGCGCAAGGGCGGCGACGUCGUGGCCGAGCAGAGCGCCGACGUCUGCAAGCGCAUUUCCGAGCAGCUCGACUAUGUCAUCACGCCCGACACGCCCGACGUCUCCAUCUACGACGUCCGCGACGUCGCCCCCAACAAGCGCAUGUUCUGCGCGUCCUUCAGGCUGCCGGCAGAAGUGGCGUUUCGGCCACAGAGGCCUCGUUCACAAGAGGGCACUUUCGAGGUGGAUUAA